ACCAUCACAACCUCAUAGAACACUUUCCAAUUUCACCUUCACACACACACACAAUCCUUCUAUCUUUUCUUCUUUAAUUUCCAAUCACCACCACUUCCACUGCAAUGGCCGAAGAGAAGCACCACCACCACUUCUUCGGACGCCACAAGGACGAAGACAAGCCCGUCGACGUCGAUGCCGUUGCCUAUUCCGAUACCACCUUCACCAGUGACGGAAUGGGCAACGACUAUACCGAUAGCACGACCGUAGUGGUCGCGGCGGUUGAGGAGCCCACGCCUGAUUAUGAGAAAGAGAGGAGGGAGCACAAGUCCCAUGAGCACCUCGGUGAGCUUGGUGCCAUCGCUGCCGGUGCUUUUGCCUUGCAUGAGAAGCACAAGGUAGAGAAAGACCCAGAGCACGCCCACAAGCACAAGCUAGAGGAAGAAAUCGCAGCAGCAGCUGCAGUUGGAGCCGGUGGGUACGCAUUCCAUGAGCACCAUGAGAAGAAAGAAGCAAAGGCAGAAGAGAAAGAGGCCGAGGGAAAGAAGCACCACCUAUUCUAAUCUUAAUGGCCGUCGUUUAACUUUGAACGAUGGUCUUUAUAACUAGUUCGCGUAGCGAGCAACUACCCUAAAUAAGUACUUGUGUGUUAGUUUGAGUCUGUUUAGUUUCCGGAUCUCUAUCGCUGUCUUAUGACCUAGUGAAAGAGGUGCUUUCAGGUUCUCUAUCUUCCCGUGUGGGUGGCCGGAGUCGAACCAUGCAUGUUGAUGUUGUUAGUUAAUAAUAAUACUGUGUGAGAUGUUAAGUUUUAAUACUCAUCUCUUGUAUUUUGCCUAGCCUUCUCGUGCUAGCCUUAUCCCUUGUAUUACCUUUUGUUGAUUAAUACAAGUUCCUUUUGCCUCUAAGAAAAACA